CCUCUCUCCAUCCUCGUCUGGGUUCCCAUUGACCACCCAGUAGUUGGUAUCUGCUUAGCUGCUCGUUUGCUCACCUUCCACUGCUCUGAUCUGUACCCUCCAGACCGCAAGGUCCUUCCUCAUCCUCAGCGUUGCCAUUUCAUCAGCGUUUCGACUUCAAGCCUGUCUUUCGACUACAUAAUACAUCAUGAGAGUUCUUCCAGCUGCUGUGCUGGUUGGGACGGCCGCUGCGGCUGUCUCUCCCUUCCAGCAGGUCCUCGGGGGUGCCAAGCAGGGUGCCGACAGCUUCUCCAAGCCACUGCAGACCUUCCAGGAGGAGCUCAAGAGCCUCUCUGAUGAGGCCCGUAAGCUCUGGGAAGAAGUGGCCAGCUUCUUUCCCGAGAGCAUGGACCAGAACCCGGUCUUCUCUCUCCCCAAGAAGUCCAACCGCCGUCCUGACUCCCACUGGGACCACAUCGUCCGCGGAUCCGACGUCCAGAACGUCUGGGUCACCGGAAGUAGCGGUGAGAAGGAGCGUGAGAUCGAUGGCAAGCUCGAGACCUACGAUCUCCGUGUCAAGAAGACCGAUCCCAGCGCUCUCGGCAUCGACCCCGGUGUCAAGCAGUACACUGGUUAUCUCGACGAUAACGAGAACGAUAAGCACUUGUUCUACUGGUUCUUUGAGUCCCGCAAUGACCCCGAGAACGACCCCGUUGUUCUCUGGCUGAACGGUGGCCCGGGCUGCUCUUCCCUCACCGGUCUUUUCAUGGAGCUCGGCCCUAGCAGUAUCAACAAGAAGCUCCAGCCGGUUUACAACGACUUCGCGUGGAACUCUAACGCUUCCGUCAUCUUCCUUGACCAGCCCGUCAACGUCGGUUAUUCUUACAGUAACUCUCCUGUCAGCGACACGGUCGCUGCUGGCAAGGACGUCUAUGCCCUGCUUACCCUCUUCUUCAAGCAAUUCCCCGAGUAUGCCAAGCAGGACUUCCACAUCUCUGGUGAAUCCUAUGCCGGUCACUACAUCCCUGUCUUUGCCUCGGAGAUUCUGUCUCACAAGAAGCGCAACAUCAACCUGCAGUCCGUUCUGAUCGGUAACGGUCUCACCGACGGUUACACCCAGUAUGAGUACUACCGCCCCAUGGCCUGUGGUGACGGUGGCUACCCUGCUGUUCUGGAUGAGAGCUCUUGCCAGGCCAUGGACAAUGCACUGCCCCGCUGCCGCUCUAUGAUUGAGUCUUGCUACAACUCCGAGAGCGCCUGGGUCUGUGUCCCUGCCUCGAUCUACUGUAACAACGCUCUUCUGGCCCCUUACCAGCGCACCGGACAGAACGUCUACGAUGUCCGCGGCAAGUGCGAAGACAGCUCCAACCUCUGCUACUCGGCCAUGGGAUGGGUCAGCGACUACCUGAACCAGGCCAACGUCAUCGAAGCUGUCGGCGCUGAGGUUCACGGCUACGAGUCGUGCAACUUUGACAUCAACCGCAACUUCCUCUUCCACGGUGACUGGAUGAAGCCCUACCACCGCCUCGUGCCUGGUCUCCUGGAGCAGAUCCCUGUCCUGAUCUACGCUGGCGAUGCCGACUUCAUCUGCAACUGGCUGGGCAACAAGGCCUGGACCGAGUCCCUGGAGUGGCCCGGACAGAAGGAGUACGCCUCUGCUGAGUUGGAGGACCUGAAGGUGGUCGACAACGAGCACAAGGGCAAGAAGAUCGGUCAGGUCAAGUCGCAUGGCAACUUCACGUUCAUGCGUAUCUACGGUGGUGGCCACAUGGUCCCCAUGGACCAGCCCGAGUCGAGUCUCGAGUUCUUCAACCGCUGGUUGGGAGGUGAAUGGUUCUAGAGAACCCGCCAUCAGGCAUUAGACUGCGUUGCAGCGUUGCUGCAGUGACACUGCAGAUAUUUUUUUAACGAGAGUUUUGACUUUUGAGAUGGAUUGCCAAUGCCCACUAGUUCCUGAGGCUUCAUAAGUUGCAUGGCAUAUACGAACCUUGUCUUCAUAGUGCGUCAUAUUAUAUUAGUUCGUAUGAGAAUGAAUUCGAUAAUACCGUUA